AUGUCUGUGAGUUUAGGUGUGGAAUCUUCAACUCACCAAGUGUCUGUGAGUUUAGGUGUGGAAUCUUCACCUCACCAAAUGUCUGAGUUUAGGUGUAAAAACUUCAACUCACCAAAUGUCUGUGAGUUUAGGUGUAAAAUCUUCAACUCAUCAAGUGUCUGUGAGUUUAGAUGUGGAAUCUUCAACUCACCAAGUGUCUGUGAGUUUAGGUGUAAAAUCUUCAACUCACCAAGUGUCUGUGAGUUUAGGUGUGGAAUCUUCAACUCACCAAGUGUCUGUGAGUUUAGGUGUAAAAUCUUCAACUCACCAAAUGUCUGUGAGUUUAGGUGUGGAAUCUUCAACUCACCAAAUGUCUGUGAGUUUAGGUGUAAAAUCUUCAACUCACCAAGUGUCUGUGAAAAAUCUUCAACUCACCAAGUGUCUGUGAGUUUAGGUGUAAAAUCUUCAUCUCACCAAGUGUCUGUGAGUUUAGGUGUGGAAUCUUCAUCUCACCAAAUGUCUGUGAGUUUAGGUGUAAAAUCUUCAACUCACCAAGUGUCUGAGUUUAGGUGUGGAAUCUUCAACUCACCAAGUGUCUGUGUGGAAUCUUCAUCUCACCAAUUGUCUGAGUUUAGGUGUAAAAUCUUCAACUCCCCAAGUGUCUGUGAGUUUAGGUGUAACAUCUUCAACUCACCAAAUACCUGUGAGUUAAGAUGUGGAAUCUUCAACUCACCAAAUGUCUGUGAGUUUAGGUGUGGAAUCUUCAACUCACCAAGUGUCUGUGAGUUUAGGUGUAAAAUCUUCAACUCACCAAGUGUCUGUGUGGAAUCUUCAACUCACCAAGUGUCUGUGAGUUUAGGUGUGGAAUCUUCAACUCACCAAAUGUCUGAGUUUAGGUGUAAAAUCUUCAACUCACCAAAUGUCUGUGAGUUUAGGUGUAAAAUCUUCAACUCACCGAGUGUCUGUGAGUUUAGGUGUGGAAUCUUCAACUCACCAAGUGUCUGUGAGUUUAGGUGUAAAAUCUUCAACUCACCAAGUGUCUGUGAGUUUAGGUGUGGAAUCUUCAACUCACCAAGUGUCUGUGAGUUUAGGUGUAAAAUCUUCAACUCACCAAAUGUCUGUGAGUUUAGGUGUGGAAUCUUCAACUCACCAAAUGUCUGUGAGUUUAGGUGUAAAAUCUUCAACUCACCAAGUGUCUGUGAAAAAUCUUCAACUCACCAAGUGUCUGUGAGUUUAGGUGUAAAAUCUUCAUCUCACCAAGUGUCUGUGAGUUUAGGUGUGGAAUCUUCAUCUCACCAAAUGUCUGUGAGUUUAGGUGUAAAAUCUUCAACUCACCAAGUGUCUGAGUUUAGGUGUGGAAUCUUCAACUCACCAAGUGUCUGUGUGGAAUCUUCAUCUCACCAAUUGUCUGAGUUUAGGUGUAAAAUCUUCAACUCACCAAGUGUCUGUGAGUUUAGGUGUAACAUCUUCAACUCACCAAAUAUCUGUGAGUUAAGAUGUGGAAUCUUCAACUCACCAAAUGUCUGUGAGUUUAGGUGUGGAAUCUUCAACUCACCAAGUGUCUGUGAGUUUAGGUGUAAAAUCUUCAACUCACCAAGUGUCUGUGAGUUUAGGUGUAAAAUCUUCAACUCACCAAUUGUCUGA